AUGGAGCAACAAGUGUCGCCUCUUCCCAACCUACAACCCGCCAACCUGGCCUCCCUCCCCAUAGACAUUCACGUCCAAAUUCUGGAUUACUUCCGAAAUGAUGAGUUUGUAGAUGAAGAUCGUGUCCAGUGGGGGAACUGGUGGGGUCAAAGUCCCAACCAAACUAUUUGCAAUUUGCGCUUGACGUGCCGUCGCUUACACGAUCUGGCUUCACCACUCCUUUUCCCGGUCGUGGACAUUGAGCUUGAAGGAAAAUCGCUACGCCGUGUUGAAGAACUGUUGAGCAAUCGACACAUCGCUAGCGGAGUCCUCGGCCUCCGCGUCACUCUCGAGUAUCGCCCCGCAGAGCUCGCGGCCGACUUGGCCAAGUUCGUUAAGAUGAAAGAUGACGCUUUGGUUGGCAUUCUUGAGAGUCUAGGUUGCUUAGAUGGGCUAGCUAUGUGUUUUGGAUACGGCUCGCCUGAUUUGGAAAGAGCCUCUACCGAGCAGAUGCACAACCGAACGGCCAUGAGACGAGCUUGGGAUAAUAUCAUCGAAGGGAAAGAUGGCGAUGAGCUGGAUGAACAAGUCCUGGCUUAUCAGAAGAUUUUACUCGAAAACCACAAAGAAUACGCCAGACUGCAUGAGGAGCAGCUUCAACUGAUCGAGAAGGGGACGUUUGUCAACACCCUUGCAUCCUUACUGCCCAAAGGCCAGCAGCCGCUCUCCCUGAGUAUCCGGGGUACCAGAUGCGACGAUGAGAAUGAUUACAUUGACAAUUACUGGGAUGUCUUCGAGGACACACAUGCACUUUGCGAUUUUCUGACAGAUCCACACGCCUGGGCGUCGCUGGAUCAUAUGGACGGCGAGGUCAGCCUCCCGCAGGCCAAGAUCAUCUCCGAACUCCCCAUCUCCUUGCACAAAGCAGGUGUAUCACUCAAGUACUUUCAUCUCUCCUGCCUCCCGGUCCGGAGCAACUUUUCAGACAUCUGUCCUGGCUUUGACGUCUCACCAGAUGCUGCUGCGUGGCAUGACCUACAGGCGGCGUGCCAGCAGUUGAAGGUGUUUGAGCUCGUGGACGUGGGGUGGGAGUACCACAAGAAAGCCCAGACGGUUUAUAUACCAUCUGAAGGCAGAGCUUUUAUCGAGGCCUACCUCAGCGCCGUUCUCUCCGGCCAAUACCUCGAAAGCGUCGAGGUUGACCUGAGCGGCUUCGGUCUGGUAGACAGGCAUAGCGGAUGGACAGAGCCCUGUCACCUAACUGGCGCCUUUGCAUCAAUCAGCUGGCCGUGUAUCAAGUACCUUGACAUCAAAGGUAUGGUAUUCGCUCAGGAGGAGCUCGAGCGUUUCUGCCUCGGUCUAAGCCCGUCAUUGGGUGACUUUUUCCUAGAUAUGAUCAACCUGUCUGACGGAAGCUGGGUUCGCACGCUAGACAUACUCCGUGAAAAUGCCGUCGCCAACCCCGAGCUUCUGAUUCUGCUGGGAGACUGGAGGGGAGGGGAGCUCGGCCAGAAGACCAAAGUAUCCAGUGACACUAGCUCACGGCAGUGGGAACUGAGAGAUGAAGGGCUGGUUGAGAAGUUUAGACAAUAUGUGCAAGGAAAAGAAGGGAUGGAAAACCCAGCGAAGGCUUGA